CGUCCUUUUGAAGGACGCCCGCCCCGAACCUCGGCGCCGCCUGCAAAGUAUUGUCCCGCUUCUUGUGCCCUAACAAAGCCUCCGCCUUCGCUUUGCAGAGCACUGGAGGCAGGCAGCCGGCUGUCCCCGCGCAACGGAGAGGCCGACAGAAGGUGAGCGCUGUGGGCUAUGGGAUGGAUGAGGUGGAGCAGGACCAGCAUGAGGCCCGACUCAAGGAGCUGUUUGACAGUUUUGAUACAUCAGGCAUUGGGUCCCUGGGACAGGAGGAACUCACUGACCUUUGCCACAUGUUGAGCUUGGAGGAGGUGGCCCCAGUGCUGCAAGAGACGCUGCUUCAGGACAACCUCUUGGGCAGGGUACAUUUUGACCAAUUUAAAGAAGCAUUAAUACUCAUCUUGUCUAGAACUCUAUCAAAUGAAGAACACUUUCAAGAACCAGCAUCUGUGGGUGUCAGCUGCCAACAAGUAGCUCGGGUGUCUGGGCCACUCCUGAAUACUCACAAGCUGACACACUCUCUUCUGAUAAAAGACUGCUCACUCGAAGCUCAGCCCAAAUAUGUUAGAGGUGGGAAGCGUUAUGGACGAAGGUCCUUACCUGAGUUUCAAGAAUCCGUGGAGGAGUUUGCAGAGGUGACAGUGAUCGAGCCACUAGAUGAAGAAGCACGGCCUUCACACAUCCCAACUGGUGACCACAAUGAGCACUGGAAGAUGCAACACAGUGAGGAGUAUGAAGCAGAAGGCCAGUUGAGAUUUUGGAACCCAGAUGACUUGAAUGCCUCCCAAAGUGGGUCUUCCCCUCCCCAAGACUGGAUAGAAGAGAAACUGCAGGAGGUUUGUGAAGAUUUGGGGAUUACCCGUGAUGGUCACCUGAACCGAAAGAAGCUGGUCUCCAUCUGCGAGCAGUAUGGUUUGCAGAAUGUCAAUGGAGAGAUGCUCGAGGAAGUCUUCCAUAAUCUUGAUCCUGAUGGUACAAUGAGCGUAGAAGACUUUUUCUAUGGCUUGUUCAAAAAUGGAAAAUCCCUUACACCAUCCGCAUCUACUCCAUAUAGACAAUUGAAAAGGCACCUCUCCAUGCAGUCCUUUGAUGAGAGCGGUCGACGUACUACAACCCCAUCGGUGAAGACGGGUACCAUUGGCUUUCGGGUCUUCUCCUGCCUGGAUGAUGGGAUGGGCUAUGCAUCAGUGGAGAGAAUACUUGACACCUGGCAGGAAGAGGGCAUCGAGAACAGCCAGGAGAUCCUGAAGGCCUUGGAUUUCAGUCUUGAUGGAAAUGUCAACUUGACAGAAUUGACGCUGGCUCUUGAAAAUGAACUUUUGGUUACCAAGAAUGGCAUUCACCAGGCGGCACUGGCCAGCUUUAAAGCUGAGAUCCGGCAUUUGCUGGAGCGAGUUGAUCAGGUGGUCAGAGAAAAAGAGAAGCUACGGUCAGAUCUGGACAAAGCUGAAAAGCUCAAGUCUCUAAUGGCCUCAGAAGUGGACGAUCACCACGCGGCCAUAGAGCGGCGGAAUGAGUACAACCUCAGGAAACUGGAUGAAGAGUACAAGGAGCGCAUAGCAGCCUUAAAGCAUGAGCUCCGAAAGGAGAGAGAGCAGAUCAUGCAACAGGUGGGCAAGCAGCGCUUGGAACUUGAGCAGGAAGUUGAAAAGGCAAAAACAGAAGAGAACUACAUCCGGGACCGCCUUGCCCUCUCUUUAAAGGAAAACAGUCGUCUAGAAAAUGAGCUUCUGGAAAAUGCCGAGAAGUUGGCAGAGUAUGAAAAUAUGACAAACAAACUUCAGCAAAAUUUGGAAAAUGUGUUAACAGAAAAGUUUGGUGACCUCGAUCCCAGCAGUGCUGAAUUCUUUCUGCAAGAAGAGAGGCUGACACAGAUGAGAAAUGAAUAUGAGCAGCAGUGCAGGGUAUUACAAGACCAAGUGGAUGAACUCCAGUCUGAGCUGGAAGAAUAUCGUACACAAGGCAGGGUUUUCAGAAAUCCCGUGAAGAACUCGCUGUCAGAAGACCUUGACGUUAACAGCGGUGGCCUUGAGCCUGACCAAGGGCUUGGUUCUGAAGAAUGCAAUCCACUGAAUAUGAGCAUCGAGGCAGAACUGGUCAUUGAACAGAUGAAAGAACAUCAUCACAGGGACUUGUGUCGCCUAAGACUGGAGCUUGAAGAUAAAGUGCACCAUUAUGAAAAGCAGCUAGAUGAAACCAAGGUCGCCUGCGAAAAGGAGCAGGAGAACAUGAAGCAGAAGUAUGAGAAUGAAGUGCACAUUUUGGAAAAACAAAUAAGUGACCUUAAAAAUGAAAUUGCAGAACUUCAGGGCCAGGCCGUAGUACUCAAGGAGGCACAGCAUAUGACUGCCUGCAGACAUAAGGAGGAGACAAAGCAACUGCAGACGAAGUGGGAUGAGGAGAAGACUCUCCUUCAGGAGAAGCUGAGGAUGGAACAUGAGAUGGAGCUCAAGGAUAGGCUGAAGCAGGCGGAGGAAAGCUUUAACCGUGAGAGGGAAGGACUUAUGCAGAACGGUGCCUGGACAGAAGAGAAGGUGAGAGGCUUGACUCAGGAACUGGAGCAACUUCACCAGGAGCAGCUGAAAAGCCUGGUGGAGAAGCACACUCUUGAGAAAGAGAAGUUGCAAAAACAGCUCUUGGAAAAACACCAAAGGGAACUUCAAGAGGGAAGGGAAAAAAUGGAAACUGAGUGUAAUAGAAGAACGUAUCAGAUAGAAGCCCAGUUUCAGGCUGAUUGUCAGAAAGUCACUGAGAGAUGCGAAAAUGCUCUGCAGAGCCUUGAGGGGCGUUACCGCCAAGAACUGAGGGAGCUCCUGGAGCAGCAACACGAGGAGAGAUCCCAGUGGGAGUUUGAGAAGGACGAGCUCACCCAGGAGUGUGCAGAAGCCCAGGAGCAGCUCAAAGAGACUCUCCAAAGAGAGAAAGCUACUUCUCUGGUCCUGACCCAGGAGAGGGAGAUGCUGGAGAAAACAUACAAAGAACAUUUGGAUAGCAUGGUUGUUGAGAGAGAGCAGCUACUCAAAGACCUGGAAGAUCUAAGACAUGUGUCUGAAAGUCAGCAAAGUCUACUGUCUAACCAGAUACUUGAGCUGAAAAGCAGUCAUGAAAGAGAGCUGAAGGACCGUGAGCAGGUCCUGUGCCAGGCAGGCGUCUCGGAGCAGCUGGCCAACCAACAUCUCGAAAGGCUAGAAAUGGAACGUGACCAGGAGAGGCAGGAAAUGAUGUCCAAGCUUCUGGUCAUGGAGAGCGUCCACAAAGUGACCUGUGAGAAAGCAGAUCGAGACAGAGCUGAGAUGAGCAUGGAAAUCUCCCGGCUUCAGAAUAAAGUUAAGGAAAUGCAGCAGGUGGCAUCUUCUCCCUCUAGGCUUCAGAAUGGCUGCCAGGAAAUAGGAGGGGAGGAGGCAGAAGGGAGUGGAGCCAUGUCCUUGCUGCAGCAAGGAGAGCGGCUGCUGGAAGAGAAUGGAGAUGUCCUCUUAAGCCUGCAGAGAGCUCAUGAAAGAGCAGUGAAGGAAAAUGUGAAAAUGGCUGCUGAAAUUUCUAGAUUGCAACAGAGGCUGCAAAAAUUAGAGCCAGGGUCAGUAAUGUCUUCCUGUUUAGAUGAGCCAGCUACUGGAUUUUUGGGAAAUUCUGUAGAACAAAUGGAGCCAUUUUUACAGCAAAAUCGAAUGAAGCAAGUAGAAGGUGUAAACAUGCGGCGUGUCCCAAGUGACCUGCAAGAUGAGGAGGUCCGGGAUCUGAGAAGUACAGGGACCAGUUCUGGUCAGAGACAGGAAGUCAAAAUAGAGGACUCUGAAGCAUCGAUAGAGAGUUUUUCUGAGCUUGAAAAUAGUGAGGAGACCAGGACUGAAACCUGGAACCUAAAGAAUCAGAUCUGUCAACUUCAGGAACAACUAAAGAUCUUACGUGCAGACUGCGAUCGAGCUUCUGAAAAGAAACGAGACUUGCUUUUUGACGUUUCUGUGCUAAAAAAGAAACUAAAUGUACUUGAGAGAAUCCCUGAGCCUUCUCCCAAAUAUAAAUUAUUAUAUGAAGAUGCCAGUAGAGAAAAUGACUGUCUCCAGGAAGAGCUGAGAGUGAUGGAGUCACGUUACGAUGAAGCACUAGAAAACAACAAAGAACUCACUUCAGAAGUUUUCAGAUUACAGGAUGAGCUAAAAAAAGUUGAAGAAGUAACCGAAACAUUUCUUAGUCUGGAAAAGAGUUACGAUGAGGUCAAAAGAGAAAACGAGGAACUGCAUGUUCUGGUUUUGAGACUUCAAGACAAGAUUGAGAAGCUGCAAGGAAGAGCAGUGAUACAGUGUGACUGCUUCUCAUUAUGGGAAGCCCAUUUAGAGAACCUGGACGUCAAACCUGCUGAAAAGGUACUUGAACUAAAUCAGACACUGGAAGAGUGCGUGCCAAAGGUCAUGAAUGUACAGCAUAUUAUAGAAGAACAUUAUCAAGAAAACCAGUACCUUGAGCAGGAGAAUACACAGAUGCUGGAAAAAGUAAAAGCACAUGAAAUCUCCUGGUUACGCAGAAUAAUCCAGACACAUCAAGAAAAGCCUGGAGAACAGAACCAAAUUAUGCUGGAGGAAAACACUGCUCUCCUAGGCCUUCAGGACAAACAUUUUCAGCGUCAGGCCAUGAUAGCAGAGUUAGAACUGGAGAAAAAAAAGCUGCAGGAGCUGACUAGAAAGUUGAAAAAAAAGGAAAGAGUCACACUAUUAGUUAAGCAAAAGGAUUUACCUUCUCAAGGAGGAAAGGAGGAAGAGCUGAAGGCAAUGAUGCAUGACUUGCAGAUCACAUGCAGUGAGAUGCAGCAAAAAGUUGAACUUCUGAGAUAUGAAUCUGAGAAGCUUCAAGAUGAAAAUUCUAUUUUGAGAAAUGAAAUUACUACUUUAAAUGAAGAAGAUAGCAUUUCUAACCUGCAAUUGGAGAAAUUAAAUGGAUCUCAGGAAGAAAUGUGGCAAAAAAUAGAAAUUAUAAAACAGGAAAAAGCUGCAGUUCAGAAAAUGGUUGAAAAUUUAAAGAAACAGAUUUCAGAAUUGAAAACCAAAAACCAACAGUUGGAUUCGGAAAAUACGGAACUUAGCCAAAAGAACUCUCAAAAUCAGAAAGAACUACAAGAACUUAAUCAACGUCUGGCAGAAGUGCUCUGCCAGAAGGAUAAAGAGCCAGGACACAGCACAUCUGAGGAAUGGGAAGAAGAAAAGUCUAAUCUGAAAGAAGAACUGGAACACUGCAAAGUGCAGUCCUCUACUUUAAUGUCUUCUCUGGAAGCAGAACUUUCUGAAGUUAAAAUACAGACUCAUAUUGUGGAACAGGAAAACCUCCUUCUCAAAGAUGAACUGGAGAAAAUGAAACAACUGCACAAAUGUCCCGAUCUCUCUGACUUACAGCAAAAAAUUUCUAGCGUCCUAAGAUACAAUGAAAAACUACUGAAAGAAAAGGAAGCUCUAAGUGAAGAAUUAAAUAGCUGUGUUGAUAAGUUGGCAAAAUCCAGUCUUUUAGAGCACAGAAUUACAACUAUGAAGCAAGAACAGAAGUCUUGGGAACACCAGAGUGAAAGCUUAAAGUCGCAGCUAGUGGCUUCACAGGAAAAGGUUCAGAGUUUAGAGGACACCCUGCAGAACGUAAACCAGCAAAUGUCCCAGAUUAAAUCCGACCUACAAGUGACUCAGCAAAAAAAAAGGAGGCUUUAACAAGAAGUAAUGUCUUUACAUAAGCAACUUCAGAAUACUGGUGACAAGAACUGGGCCCCAGGAGUAGCCACCCACAUAGCAAGAUUCUGUAACCAGGAGCAAAAUCUGUCUUGGGACAAGUUGGAUCAUCUGAGGAAUGAGGAACAGCAGCUGCUUUGGCAAGAGAAUGAGAGACUCCAAACUGGGGUACAGAACACCAGAGCAGAACUCACACACUCCCGGGAGAAGGUUCGUCAUCUGGAAUCCAGCCUUCUUCCCAAGCACCAAAAACAUCUAAACUCAUCAGGUACUUUCAAGCCCACAGAGCAGGAGAAGUUGAGCUUAAAGAGAGAGUGUGAACAGUUUCAAAAGGAACGAUCUCCUACUAACAGAAAGAUCUGUCAGAUGAAUUCCCUUGAACGAGAAUUAGAAACCAUUCAUUUGGAAACAGAAGGCCUGAAAAAGAAACAAGUAAAACUGGAUGAGCAGCUAAUGGAGAUGCAGCACCUGAAGUCCACUGUGAUGCUUAGCCCAUCCCCUCAUGCUUGGGAUCUGCAGCUGCUCCAGCAGCAAGCCUGUCCAGUGGUGCCCAGGGAGCAGUUUCUGCAGCUUCAACACCAACUGCUGCAGGCAGAGAGGAUAAACCAGCUCCUGCAGGAGGAACUUGAAAAUAGGACCUCCGAAACCAACACACCACAGGAAAACCAAGAACAACUGGUAACUGUCAUGGAGGAACGAAUGAUUGAAGUUGAACAGAAAUUGAAACUGGUAAAAAGGCUUCUUCAGGAGAAAGUGAAUCAGCUCAAAGAACAAGUGAGCCUCCCAGGUCAUCUCUACCCACCCACCUCACAGUCCACUUUUAACUCCAAUUUUACAUUCCUUUAUUGCCAUUAAUUUUUGUUGUCUAAUAAAGGCAAAUUCUGUGAAUGUAUAGGAGAAUUUAGGAUUCACUCUCCCCAUACCACUUCAAAAAUAAUGUGUUAUACAUUAUUUUUUUUCAAAGUUCUUGUAAGGUACAUGUUCAUCCACAAUUUUUUAAAAAUGUAUUUGUUAACAGUGACUCAGGUUUUUGUUUGUUGGGUGUUUUUGUUUUUUGUUUUUUGUUUUUUUAGGCCCAACACAGGAAAUAUCUCUAGUUAAAUAAGCAGAAAAUUUAUACUGGUAAAAAAUUGUAGGAUGUUAAAUAGAACUUUAGCUUUCAUGUUUGUAACAGUUAUGACAACCUCAAAAAGUACUUUAUGACUAUAACCAGACUCAAAAGGCUAUGCUUUGAAUUAGAAUCCAGACCCUGAAUUCCAAGACUGCUAAGCAGCUUGAGCCUUUUCACCUGCUGGUGGCAGGUGUGGCCUGUUUAGAAAUUAUAUGUGCAUCCACUGAAGAGACAUGCAAAAAGGAAUACUUUCUAGGAAAGUUUAAUAGCUUCUCUGGAAACUGAGAUUGAGUUGAACUGAUGGGAAUAGGAGGGAGGAAAUUGCCCUACCUUGUUUUCUAGAUACAUUAAAUUUAAGAAUACUCUCAAGAGAGAGUCUUAACACAGAGGUAGAUAGGAACUUUCUUUUGCCCUACAUCUUAAUACACAGAAUGGAAAAAAAAAAAAAGUCCCCUACAGUAAGCAUUUAUUGGAUCAGUCUUUUCAUCCAUUUAUUCAACACAUAAUUACUAUAUACCAGGUACUGUUCUAAGCAUUAGAGAUACAAUAGCUAACAAAAAAAUCUCUGCCUGUGUGCAUUGUAGUUCAUCUACAAAGUACUGAGCACUUGGCUAGGUAGUAGUUUUGAGAAUUAAAGGAAAUGGGGUCUACUCUGUUUUCAGUAGAGGGGAACACAAGAAAUACUUGAUCCAGUCCCCAGGAGUUGAAAGAAGGUUUCCCAAAGGCCUCUUAACCUUAGUAUUGAGGGUCGAGUAAGAUUUUAACAAGUGAAGAAAUGUGGGAAGGGCAUUCUAGGCUAUGGAAACAUCAUGGAGUUAUAACAACAAAUGGGUGAGACAUCUACGAACACUGGCGUUAAUAGUUUGGCAUAACUCUGUCCUGAAAGAAGCAGAAGAGAGAGAGGAGCUAGCAGUAGAAAGCCUUACAUGUGGAGCCAUGGAGUUUGAAUUUCAUUCUGUAGGUGAUAAAGAACCAUCAAAGUGUCUUCUAAGGAAAGGAAGGGAGGGAGGGAGGAAGAAAAAGUUAUAUUACAACAGUUCAAAAGAGAGAAGAUUACUAUGUUACACUUGCCAGUCACCUAGGUUUGGGGCUUCUAUAGUCUUUAUCAUUGCCCUGUGAAGUGCUAGUAAAUUAGCCACUCUUCAGUUCUUUAUCCCUAUCAACAUUUAUACUUUCAGAUGCCCUGCUUGAAAUUGGGUGUAAAAUGAAGAGUUAAUGAGAGAAGGGAGAUCAGAAGAUAUUAACAGGAGCAAUAAUAAAAUCAUCCCGAAGCCGCUGACAAGUUUUUCCACUCUAACCUAGAUUAUAUAUACUAACCACAAAGAUUAGACUGUAUCUUCUAGACAAGGCUCUAAGCAAAAGAGGAAGAGUUAAGGAAGAGUAACUGCCCAAAUCUUAUCUCUUUGUUAUAAUACAUGAGCCAAUUUUUUAAAUAAUCAGGAGGUUGCAUCUGUUGAAAACAGAGUUAAACACAGUUCACACCCUAUACCUCAGCAACAAGUUAUAAAAGUAUUUUGAUAUUUUUAGAGAAUGAAUAAAGGAAUAAUACCUAAUUUAUUUGGGAAAAAAACUUUCAUUUUUGAACCCUCAAAUAUCUAUUUGUUCUUUUCAUCAGAGACUUCUAACAUAUUAUGCCAAGAAACAGCUUGAAAUAAGUGGGUUUGCUCCACUCGUAUCUCUGAUGCAAGUCUGAUGUUAAAGCUUUAUUGUAAAAUAAAAGAAUAUAAUCGAUAGAA